UUGAACAUACGUUGUAUGACGCCAUUGCUGCGCGACAGACUUGCAGCUCACAGGAGCAAAAAAUUUACAGUUAUACCGUUUGGCGCGUCCCAUGUUUCUAUUUCUCAAGUAUCUAUUUCAAGUACAUCGUUUCUUUUAAGUAUUUGUUUUUUUUUUCUCUAAACCGGAAGACCUAAACAUAUCAAACUUCAUAAGGAGGUAUCAUCACAUCUGGUUUCAUUGAAUGAGGUUUAACACCAACUAACAUUUGUUUUGGUUCGAUACCCAUACAAAAUCCAACACGCCCAACUUUGAGUCGGAAAAAGCUGGACAUAUAUUCAUCCAAAUCUGCUGGUUAACGGUGACGAGCUGGCGCAAGUCGUGGGUUGUCCGUGGAUAAUGCGAGACAGUGGCGGUAGCUUGGCCCAGAACCGCUGGCAGGGAGACCUGGGUCUGACCGCUGUGGGGCAGGACAACACAGGAGGGGGUGGGAUUCCAGGAGACCACCUCAUAGUCCCAGUGUCAGGUCACAGUGUACCCAGCCCCAUGCACCUCAGACUGGGGCAGAAAGAGAAAGUGUGGACAGGAGAAUAUGUAGAUGAGGAUGAGGAGGAUGGCAUGGGUGAGAUUGAGGCAAUAGGUGACGAGGAAGAAGAAAAUGAUGUUGAAGGGGAGGACAUGGUCAAGUUUGAGGGCAAGGGUUGGAUUAACAAUGAGGAGGAGAAGGAAAAUGAAGGAGACCAAGCAAAGGUGGAGUGGGCAAUACCAGACUUUGCUGCCCAAUCCACCCGGCAGUCUCAUUCGCAACACCACUAUUUUGGACAACAACAGAAGAAGGAAGUAGAGGAAAGUGAUGAUGUCAUUGUCGAUGAUACCCUCUCCCAGACUGAAGCAGGGGACUUGCUCAGGUCCCGCCUCAGCAGUUACAGGGCUCUAAGGAGGCUCAGGCGCUGGCAGCGCUUACGAUCCCGCGGAGGCCUUGGAUUUCGGCUCACCCAGCACUGGAAGAGCUGGCGCCAGCGAGCCCGGUGGGCAUGUUUACUUGGGCAAAGGUGGAACUGGAGAGGGCAAAGGUAUAAUCUAUACACCAAGCAGAAGAGAAUAAAAAGGUAUCAGCAAUCACCAUGCACCAAUGGAGACGAUGACAACAGCAAUGAGAGGUUCACAGAGCUUGACAGAGAUAAGCAGAUAAAUGGCUGCUCUUCAGAGAAGCAAGAGGACAGAGUGAGACGCGAUGUGGAGGUCAAACCUGUGGAACUGGCCCUAACUGAGGAGCACAUGAGUUGUGUGACUGGUAUUCUUGAGGAGUCUCUACAGCAGUAUGGCAGUUUGAUCCCCGUCCACGUCGAUGACAUUGUGGAUAAGCUUCAGGACAUCUUCAAUGAGAACUUCUUUCAGCCACACAGGAAAGUAGUGGUCCAGCACCUAAUAAACUCCUUCCAGCGUUCGUCAGGAACAGCCAUGACUAAAACAUUCAGAGUCAACUACAAACGGCAUGUUCUGACCAUGGAUGACCUGGGUACUCUCUAUGGACAGAACUGGCUCAAUGACCAGGUAAUGAACAUGUAUGGUGACCUGGUCAUGGACUCUGUGCCAGAGAAGGUUCACUUUUUCAACAGCUUCUUUUAUGAUAAGCUAAGGACAAAGGGCUAUGAAGGAGUCAAACGGUGGACGAAAAAUGUUGACAUCUUUCAGAAGGAUUUGUUGUUGAUCCCCAUCCACCUGGAGGUCCACUGGUCACUUGUCAGUGUCGAUAUUCCUCGUCGAGCCAUCACUUACUUUGACUCUCAACGAACCCUCAACAGACGUUGCCCAAAGCACAUUUUUAAAUAUCUGCAAGCAGAGGCCAUCAAAAAAGAUCAACAAGACUUUUUGACAGGAUGGAAAGGCUUUUUUAAAAUGAAUGUGGGUCGUCAAAACAAUGACAGUGACUGUGGGGCUUUUGUGCUACAGUACUGCAAGUGUCUGGCACUAGGGCAGCCAUUCUGCUUUGGCCAGCAGGAUAUGCCCCGACUGAGGAGGCAAAUGUACAAAGAACUUUGUCACUGCAAACUCAUCCUGUGACCAACCACCCCAGCUCAGCCCACAAGCUCCACCUGCUCCCACCCCAACAAGAUUGAGGGACAGUGAUAUAACAAGAAGAGGACAAGGGGGGGUGGCAAAUUAUAGACUGACUGGAAAAAAAAGAAAGGUUACAAAAAUUUUAUUUUUCUCUGCCAACAUCCAGAUGAAUUACCUCUACUGUAGGUGAUGGCAUUGUUUUGCUUUAUCUCUUUUUGCUUCCCUCUUUCUACCAUUUGAAAACUGAUUUGAUUUCUAUGUGCUGGUUAUUCCUUUGCGGUUGACAGAGGCCAAGACUAGUUUCCAUUUUGGGUAUGUGUUAUUCUUCCAUCCCAUUGUAGUCCACUUCUUUUUUUUUUUUUUAGUCCAAAUGGGAGCAUGACGAAGAUUAUGAAGACAUUUAGAAUCCAGUCCAGAUGAAAGGCUGGACCACAGUUAGUCCAGCCUGCCACUACUUCCAUGUUAGACACCUGAACAGUGAGUGCAGAAGUAGCGUGCAUGGACAGCAGAAUCAUUUGAACCAGUCUGUGUAAGCUGUGUACCAUUUUCAUGCCUUCCAUCCAUUCAGGCCAUACAGUAUGCUGUGUUCCAUUCCAAAUGUGAAAUGUCGGAAACUCCAUCUUUGAAAAACAAGGCAAAAUAUCAACAUCCACAUACAAAACACUCCCCCACACCACAGCCAAUGUUAUGUUGACGAUGCUGUCUAGUCACCACAUAAUGUUUGCCACUGUACUGCAAACUGACAUUUCCAAUAUAUACUUGUUAAACGGUUUCUUACAAUAUGUUUAGAUGGGUUUAACCUGAUGCUGAAAAUGGAUCUUGCAUAGUUGAUGCUGCCAUGUUGAUGUCAGAAAGCGUAGUCAUUCUAGUGCUUUUUUUGUUUUUUGAGGGAUAUCAAAAUUUACACAACAUUCAUGGAACAUGCCACAUAUUAACUCUUGUGCCAGAAAAUUCAUCUAGCUCCAUCGUUCUUCUGAGUUGUACAACAAGAACAUUGUAAUGUGGGAGACUGGAUCUGUGUCUGUGGAUCACCCUGUAAAUUUUGGUCUAAAGAAGGGGUCUCUACACUGCAUUUAUCUUUUUUUCUGUGUUUUAUCUCUGUCAGUAAAAUGUGUUGAUAUGCUUAUUGCUUUAAACAAAUGGUGUUAAACGAAGGACUUUGAAUUUGUGUUAAUUUCAGAGUAGGUACAAAAGAAAUUCUCAAGUUAGUAUUCCUUUGGAAGUCAGUUGUUUUGGUGAGGACCACAACUGCUACACAUGAUCCAGCAUGUCCACAAUGGAGUUACAGUACCCUGCUCUUCCUUUUAUAACUAAAGGAAAAUUUGUUGAUAGCUGUGUGUUUUUUGUUUUUUUUUCAUGCAGGAGUUGAUAAAGUUAACAGUUUUAUAUAUCUUCUACAAUGCAUUAUGGUUGCUAAAAAUAAAAAUGUGUCAAACAAGAGUGUGCAUUUUAUUAAU